GCAGACAGGACACCUUUGGUCGGGCGCUCGGUGUCCUUCAAGAACGAUUCACGUUGGUGUUUUCUCCUCUCGCUGCGGUGCAGUUGCCGUUAGCUUCCGAAAUAAGCGGCAGCUAGCUUAUCAUCAGACAGCAGUUUUUGACGGUUAUGGCCGGAAGCUUCUGUGGCAUUUGCGUGCAUUUUGUUCUGAUCUGAACGUUUAAGUCAUUUGCAGUCCGCUUCGUUGGUCUGUAUGCCUUUUUAUUGCAGGAGCUGACAGUUGCUACACGUUCGGGCCAUUCAUUAUUAUUGCUGCUAACCGGCUAACGGUUUUACCGAUCCUCAGAGAUGCAGUUCAUCUAGAAGUUUUUGUUUUUCUGCAUGAAUGAGUGUAUAAUGCAGUGUAGUCAGUUGGCGGUUAUAGUAGAAUUUGUUACCCUAGAUUAAAGCUACCAGGUCUGCCCGCUGUUUUCGGGUGUUUAGCUGGAUUAGCUGAACCGACGCCUAUGAUGAUAUUUGCUGCGUCAAAAUGGCCAGAAUGCCCCGUUGGAGCGUCACUGAGGAAUCAGCGGGGAGGGAAAGACAGAAUCGCUGCGAUUUGAGCUCCCUGGUCGGAUUGUCUGGCGGCGUGAUGGAGCAGCACGCCAGCUCAGGCAAGCGCAUCCGCAAGCCCUCCCUGCUGUACGAGGACUUUGAGAGCCCCUCCUUGCCGCACACAAUGCCCCAGGCGCCGCCUGCGCCCCCACAGCCCCCGGUAAAGGAUGCGAGUCGGCCCGGCCGCAUGACCAACCAGCUGCAGUACCUCCAGAAGACCCUGAUGAAGUGUUUGUGGAGACACGAGUUCGCCUGGCCUUUCCACGAGCCCGUGGACGCGUACAGGCUCAAGCUGCCGGAUUAUUAUAAGAUCAUCAAGCAGCCCAUGGACAUGGGGACCAUCAAGAAGCGUCUGGAGAACAGUUUCUACCGCAGCGCCAGUGAAUGCAUCCAAGACUUCAACACCAUGUUCACCAACUGCUACAUCUACAACAAGCCUAAAGACGACAUCGUGCUGAUGGCGCAGUCCUUGGAGAAGAUCUUCCUGCAGAAGGUGGCUCAGAUGCCGCAGGAGGAGCUGGAGCUUCCGGCUCCGGCGCCUCGAAACAAAACCAGCCGAGGACGAGGACGCAAGUCCAGCACGUCUCGGGCUCAGCAGGUUCCCGCCGUGUCCCAGUCGGCGUGCUCGCCGUCCUCUUCAGACACUGGAGACUCCAUCAUGGCCAGCUCGCCUCAGACCGUCCUGACCAAAAGCCUCCCCCCCGCCAACAUCAUGGGCCUCCCCCCAACUCAACCCACAACCAAGAAGAAAGGCGUGAAGCGUAAAGCGGACACCACCACUCCCUCCACCACCUCUUUCACUGUGUCAGGCCCCGCCCACAUGGUAGGUUUGGGCAAAGGAGGUCACGGCGGCCACGGCGAAGUCUCUGUCCACCCCGUCUCCUCCAUGGGGGGGUUGACCCUGGACACCCCGCCCGGGAUGGGCCUGGUCCGAGCUCCCGGAGGUCCCGUUCUGCUCCAGCCCAUGAUGGCCGGCACUGGGCGCCGGGUGGGCAGCGGACGUCCCAUCAAGCCCCCGAAGAAGGACCUGCCGGACGCCGUCCAGCCUCAGCUGUCCAAGAAGGGCAAGCUGAGUCCGCCGCUGAGGUACUGCAGCGGGCUGCUCAAAGACAUGCUGUCCAAGAAGCACGCCGCCUACGCCUGGCCCUUCUACACGCCCGUGGACGCCGCUGCGCUCGGCCUGCACGACUACCACGACAUCAUCAAGUGUCCCAUGGACCUGAGCACCAUCAAGAGGAAGAUGGACUGUCGCGAGUACAGGGAUGCCCAGCAGUUCGCCAGCGACGUCCGGCUGAUGUUCUCCAACUGCUACAAGUACAAUCCACCCGACCACGACGUAGUGGGGAUGGCGCGGAAGCUGCAGGACGUGUUCGAGUUCAGCUUCGCCAAGAUGCCCGACGAGCCGCAAAUGGAGCACACGGCCAUGUCCAUCAGCCGCCACCCUACGACUUCCUCCUCCUCCUCUUCCUCCUCCACCUCCUCCUCCUCCACCUCAGAGAGCGAGCCGAGCAGCGAGAGCGAGGAGAGCGAGAGCAGCCCCAGCUCCGACAGCGAAGAGGAGCGAGCGCACCGCCUGGCCGAGCUGCAGGACCAGGUUUGCACACAGCUGCGAGCCGUGCACGAGCAGCUGGCGGCGCUCUCCCAGGGACCCAUCAUCAAACCCAAGAAGAAGAAGGAGAAGAAGGACAGGAAGAAGAAGAAGAAGCUGGAGAAGCGAAGUCGCGGGGGCAGAAGCAGAGCGGGCUCCGAGGAGUGGAAGAUGCCCGGAAAGAUGAUGAAGAGCAAGUCUGCCAAAGCCGGGGGCUCCCAGCCCAAGAAGAACCAGCCCAAGAAGAGCAGCAAGAACAGCAAGACAGUCAAGAAGCCUUUCUAUCCUCAGCUGUCAAACCCCAUCCUUCCUCACUACGACUCUGAGGAAGAGGAGGAGAUCGUGCCCAUGACGUACGACGAGAAGCGGCAGCUCAGCCUCGACAUCAACAAGCUUCCAGGGGAGAAGCUGGGCCGCGUGGUCCACAUCAUCCAGUCCAGAGAGCCGUCUCUGAGGGACACCAACCCCGAGGAGAUCGAGAUCGACUUCGAGACGCUGAAGCCGUCCACGCUGAAGGAGCUGGAGCGCUACGUCAUGACCUGUCUGAGGAAGAAGCCCCGCAAGCUGUACGGCGAGCCAGGCGCAAAGAAAGGCAGCGUGGGCAUGUCCAAGGAGGAGCUGACGCUGGAGAAGAGGAGGGAGCUGGAGAAGAGGCUGCAGGACGUCAGCGGACAACUCAACUCCGUCAAGAAACCCGCCAAGCCUAAAGCAGAAAAGCCCAGCGCUCCGGAGGCCCACUCCCAGCCCUCGCGCCUCAGCGGCAGCAGCUCCAGCUCCGACUCCUCCUCGUCCUCGUCCUCCUCUUCCUCCUCAGACAGCAGUGACUCGGACUCCAGCUGAGGCCCCAGACCCACAAACCCAAUCGUUGCUCUCUCAGGGACCUGGGCUGGCCCCGGACUCGUUCCCCCUGAAAGACUCGCUGACUGAGGCUAGAGCGGAAACAAAGGGUACCAGAAGAAAACAAACACUUAAUGCCUUCGUCCCCCUUUCUGUUUGUAAAUAUUCCCACCAAAUCCUGUUCAUUUUAUAAAGAAGAUUUUUAUGGUGAAGCCCAAAGAGGAAGGUUUGAGUCCCGACAGACCGGGACAGGCGGGCCUCCAAACCUGCUCCCGCUGCGAUGAAGGAGUCUUCUCCCCCCGUUCGCUCGGACCGUACUGGAGUCGAACCAGCACCCUUUUAACCCCGCGCUUGCUUCUCUGAAAACCGACCCGUAAUCCUGCUGGAUUGUAGACUAAGCCUUAAUGAGCGCCGCUUUUCCAGAAACGCGUGGAGCAGAUUUGAGCCGGAUGUUUCCAGAUCCAGGUCAGUAUUCCGCUCACCGCCGUCUCUUCUGUUUACGCCUCUCUGUGCAACAGCGACGCUGCCGUCUGAACGCCUGUACAGCAGCUCUUGUUCUGGUGGGCUUAUAGAACACGUAGGCGAUGUUUAACAAACCGUAACGUCUGAAUUUAGCACUCGACUUUCUAUUUAUUGCUUUGUAUUUAUUUUAGUGUUUGCACUUUCCUUCAAACGACCGUCUGGUCUGGUUAACUUGGCACUAACGGAAACGCCGCUGCCUCCAGGAGGGCGGAAGCAGCUGUUGAAUGUGGAGUAGAGACGCGUGUAAAUACUUCCUGUUUGCUGUGGCCCCCACCUCUGUGGAGGAGCGCUCCAGCACUCCUCUUUUUUAUUUGUUAUUGCUCUUUUUUUUGUCUCUGUUGUUCACUAAAGUGUGUUUGCUCCUCAAAGGAAAACCUUUGAUCCACAACAGUGUUUAAUAAAAGAGUCUGGCCUGUGGGACCAAUCUAACUCUU